GCUGCCCCCCUCGGUCCGGUGCUCGGGGAGGCGCGGGCCGCGUCCGGGUGCGCACCUGCCCCGCCUCCUCCAGGCGGGCCGCGGGGCAUGCAGCCGGUCGGGGGCGGGGCUCCGAGGCCGGGACCCGGCCACCGGCUCUCGGGCAGCCUCCGCCAGCUGGACCCCGCCGCUCUCCUGAUGCUGCUCCUGGACGCCGACCGGCCGGAGGCCGUGCGCAGCGGGGCGCGCGAGCUCGCGCUCUUCCUGACCCCCGAGCCCGCGGCCGAGGCGAAGGAGGUGGAGGAGACCAUCGAGGGGAUGCUCCUCAGGCUGGAAGAGUUUUGCAGCCUGACCGACAUGAUCAGGAGCGACACUUCACAGAUCUUGGAGGAAAACAUCCCACUCCUUAAGGCCAAAGUGACAGAAAUGCGUGGCAUCUAUGCCAAAGUGGACCAGCUAGAGGCCUUCGUCAAGAUGGUUGGGCACCACGUCUCCUUCCUGGAGGCCCACGUGCUUCAGGCCGAGCGGGACCAUGGGGCCUUCUCGCAGGCUCUGCGGAGGUGGCUGGGCUCCUCAGGGCUGCCCUCCUUCAGGAAUAAGCCAUCCACGCCGGCACCCCUGCCCUUCGAGCUGCCCGCGCUGUACCGGACGGAGGACUACUUCCCCGGGGACGUGGGGGACGCGCCCAGGACCCCCAGUCGCCGCCGCCACAGGCGCGUGUGAGCUCUGCCGUCGGGUCGUCGGAAAGCGACAGUGCGUGCGUGCGUGCAGCGGCUCGGGUUUUCUGGUCUUCUCGCUGUGCAUUUGUGUUUUUCAGUUUCCUCUCUCGCUUCAUGUGAAACGGCGGGGUUCGGAGAAGCAUCUGGAGCGCCCACGCGUGCCGUGCUGAGCCGGCCGGCGGUUCCCACCCGGGUCGGGCCUGCCUGGUGUCCUGGACGGGGCGCGUGGGUCUCGGGAGCUUCGGGGCUCCGGGACUGGGGACUCGAUCUCCCUGUCGGUCUGUGCCCAGCUUUGCGUGGGCAUCAUGGGGGGGUGGGGGUGCUCCUGCACCAGGGUGCGUGGCUCCAGGUCUGUCUGUGGUGGGUAGUUUGGCUGCCAAGCCCCGUGCCCACGGGCCUGUGAAUCAUCUCAAUAAAGGUGUCAAGAGCUCA